AUGAUGGAUGAUGAGAGUUAUGGUAUCAUUGAUAAGGACAGUUAUUACAAGGAUCCACCGAGAGAGGAAGACCUCUCGGAACUCGUUAACAACACUUUGGAAUCCGUAAAACCCAGACUUCCAAAAACCUAUGAUGAAGAAGUUCUGAAGGAAUUAUUACUGGAGUUAAUGUUAGUUGAGAAGAAAUGCCGCCAAAAAUUUGACGGGGAGUCAAAUUCUUCGAUUUGUAAAUUUAUCUUGACAGUUUUGUACGAUUUUAAUGAUUUUAACAAUAUGUUCUACUACUUGGUGUUACUUUGUAAGAAGCGCGGCCAGUUGAAGACCACGAUAGUCUCGAUGGUUGACUUGGCUGAACACUGGCUGGAUACAAUUCCAAGCCUUGAGGUUCGCCUCGAGCUGUUUAACACACUCGACAAAAUUACUCUUGGGAAGAUUUACCUCGAAAAGCAGCGUGCUCAGAUAAUUUUUAAGCUCGCCAAGCUUAAGGAAGACGAGGGUAAUAUUAAAGAAUCAGCUUCUAUAUUACAGAAUAUUGAGGUUGAGACGUAUGGUAGUUUGAAUAAGCUGGAGAAAAUAAGAUAUAUACUGGAGCAGAUGCGGGUUAAUUUGCUUAACGGGGACUAUAUCCGUUUCUUUAUGACGAGUAAGAAGAUAACAGAGUCCGUAUUGGACAAUUACGUGCCUGAGAAACUCCAGUUCUAUGACUUCAUGAUUCAGUAUUAUCACCACGACUUCGAUAUAGAAAACAUCACCAAAUCACUCUACACCAUUUACUCCACCAAAAAAAAGCUCUUCCUAGAAUCAACUAAUUCAACUGAUGACUCGCCUGGUAACAUAGAUAAGCAAUAUUAUGAAGAUUAUCUAACCGUAUUAGAGAAAUUAUUGUUAUAUUUGAUACUAUUAUCGUUGAACGAAGAGAAUAUCACGUAUAUGAAGAAGGUGAAUGAGGACGAGAAAAAGUUUAUGAAACAGUUACUAACAAUUUCUCCAUUCUUCCAGCAAUUUCUCAACAAUUUCCUUAUCCAACACCAGCUGGACUCUGAUCUCGUUGAAAAGAUCAACAGUUUGUUGGACGAGCGCUGUAGCAAAUUAUUAUAUGACCGUAUAAUUCAACACAAUGUCAAAAUCAUUUCAAAAUACUACAACAAAAUUACACUAGAACGUUUAUCAACGCUGUUAAACAUUGAUUCAGAGAAAUUGGAGAAUGAAAUUAGUAAUAUGGUGGAAAUGGGAAUAAUUGAGGCUAAAAUAAAUCGAAUAACGGGAAUCAUUAAAUUUCAAAAGAAAUUACAGACUGAAAUUAUACUCAAUAAUUGGGUCAACAAUAUUACAAAGUAG